AUGUAUAUAAAAGCGAUUAUCUCUAUUGUUCUGGCAUUUUUUGUUAGUGCGGAUACAGGCCAUUGUUUUUCCGUCGCUUCAUCGGACGGAAUCGGUGAGAACGCCCAAAUUAGUGUGAGCUCACGUGAGUUUUCCGAUCAAGUUCAGCAUUGGAACCGGACAGCGUGCUCGUGAGCGAUGAGAAAGCGUUUUUCCCUCUUGGAUGGCCGGCUGAGUUGAAAUGCGAAGCGGUCGAUAAACUCGGUCAACUGAAUGUGAAUGGGGUGAGAAACGCAGAGAGAAGACGGCGAUGAAACCGAAUAUUCAGACGAAUGACUUUCAAUGGAAAUUCAGAGAUCGUGAGACCGGAAUCGAGCAAAAAGUCCAAAAUGUGUCCAGGUAGAUAAUCGGGAGAAUCAAAUGUUCACAUAGCUUCAUAUUUUAGCUCCUAUUUCGUGCAAUACCACUCGUACCUGCACAUCAGAAAAGUAAUUCAAAGAUUCGACAAGUUUGUGUUCGAAUGUCGCGUGGCUCGUUCGGGAAACACGACUCUCGUCAGCAGAAUCCGACUGGAGAUCCAGGACUGCGAACAUCGGACUCCCGAAGGCACGGCGGCAUUCAAUGUGCACAAUCCGUGCGCUUUCGGACAAUGUCUGGUGAACAACCAGAACGUCGAGUGUCUCUGCUUCAAACAGUACACCGGAAGGUAUUGCAAUAGUGAGUGACGAAGACUGAUGACGUGGCUCUAAUUAUCGUUCAGAACGGAAGGCCAACGCUUGGCUGUACGAUGCCCUUCCGUUUGGUCUCGCUCUCCUCGUUUUCGUCGCGUUUUUCUUUGUAAAAUGCACCAUGUCAUUGACAAACAAGAACAGAAAAGAGUUUGUGGAAGAGCUGUCAAACCGAAUGAUUCUUCUGAUUUCAGAGAAAAAUUGAUGGGAAUCUCCGGAUUUGCCGGCUUUUCGGAUCGAAAAAACUUCCAACUUAAGUUGUUAUAUCCGUUCAUAAAGAAGAUCCGGAAAUGUCGGUACGAAUCGGACGAAGAAGUGAUUGAGAGCAGCGCGAGAAAGAAGAGGAGAGCGGAGAAACGGGCGCUUAAACGCAUCCAAAUGGAGGAAAUGUCGAUGGCUCUUUCGGGGGCGGCAACCAGUGGCACCGGUACCGGAACGAGCGGUUACUCAGGCGUUUACUCGGGAGCGAUGAGUGGAAUGAUGUCCGGAACGGGAACUGGAACUGGAACUGGGACAAUGAAAAUGGAGACCGAUACGGGCACCGGCCCAACGGGAUCGGAUCGAAGUGGAUUCAUCGAGGAUUCUCCUGCGUAAGAACAUUGAAUUUUAGAUCCGAUUAAUUGGAAGACUGACUGUUCAGAGAUGUUUGGAGAGAGGCAAAACCUCGAGGAGGGACGAAAAGGAAGAAAAAUAGGAGGAAUGAAGAAAUGCUGGAGUUGGUGCAAGCGACGCAGGAGCCGUCCGGGGCGACGAGGUCAUCCGUGUCCACAGUGUCGACGGUCUCCUCGGCGAUGAACUCGGGCGCGGACACGACUGGAGGAGAGCCAGAGAGGGACAAAAAGCAGAAAACGAAGGAGAAGAAGAAGAAGAGAAGCAACGAGAUCCUAUAA